AUGGCAACUAUGAGAUGUCAUGACGCGUCAGCAAACGUCAGCAGACAGUAUGAAGAUGUGAUGAAGGCAUCAACAUCUUCAGGUGGCCUAAGUCUUCCUGGAGACUCCUUUUUGUCUGCAUACGAAACUAGGUCUUAUUCUGCACAGAUACCAGUGUCAUCUGAACAUCCAGAUAUCGAUAACGAAGUCGACAAAAUGGCACUAACAGAUUCCAUGAUGUUAUCGUCGAAUAGUGAUAAGGAAUGUGAGAUGUGUGUGUCCGAUAAUAUUGAUAAGAGUCUGAGGGAAAUCUUAGAGACGAAAGGUGGGACCAAUUAUUCCAGCUCAACACCCGUCAACGUGUCUACCACCGCAGAAAAGGAUGAAAAGGUGGAUUCAGAUGUGGGACAAGAAGAGAAAAGGGGUACAUUUACAGUAUUUGAGGGAAUUAACAGUAGUGUAAUGUCGAGUGAAACGAAAAAGAUUUUGUCGAAGGGAGGCAAGAAUUUUAUAAAAUCACUAAAACCAGUUAAUUCUCAAGAAGUAUUGACAGUGGUCGAAAUAACUACGAUUUUUUCCACAGAAACGUCUGAAGAAGGGACGUUGAAAAUUUCGAAACAAACAAAAAAGAGUAUACCAUUGCUGCGAUUGAAGGUUCAGAAUUCUGCAAUUGAAGCUGAUGGUGGUAACGCACUUGCAGAUGUACCGGGACACAUAUCAAGUAAACAAACAAGUGUUUUAUUUUCCAAAAUUAACAGCACUAUCAAUGAAACAGUAAACAAACGUCAGAAUAACGAGCACGGCCACAACAUUGCUUCAUGGAAGGUACCAGCUCGAGAUAAUGCAACGUUCUGCAAUCAAACUGUGUUUAAAGACUGUAAUCCUGAAACGAAUCCAGUUGCCCUCCGUUCCGAGACUCUGCGGCUGAAAGAUUCAGCAAUAAAGCCAACAACGCUUCAGCAUCCCAGGAUGGCAUCUGCGCCCGUACUGAAGUUUCCAGACGUGCCGGAAGGGGAGGAGCUGCACAUCCAGGAGCUAGGAUUGUCGGAAGGGCUCUUCGUCUUCAGCUACAUUAGCAGUUUCCUCUCCUGGAUACAACCCUACGACUUCCCAGUAGAAGUUUUGCGAGAUGCCCUUUGGAAUCACGUAUCGGUGGGCGAACUUAUAAGUCAGUCCCUACAGGUGGAGGUGCUGUUCAUUGUGUGUCUUGCUGUUGGAGCUGUGCUGGCACUCGCAAUGCCCUGUGUGCUACUAAUCCACGCCUGUUGCCGUCUGCUGUUCGCCACUAGAAACACCGGGUGGACAGACGAAUCUUCCGUUGACACAUCCAGCGACUGUGCUGCCAACUGCCGGAGAUGCUCUCUGGUGCUUGCAGUGCAACUCAUCCUGGUGCUUCUUGUGGUCGGCAUUGUAACAAUGUUUGUGACGAAUGAGCAGAUGUCACGGGCAGUAAACCAGACACCAAACGUCGUUCACAUGGCCCUCAAUGACGUAACGACUUUCCUGCGCAACUCACACAGUCAACUUCGGUUUGUUGUCACGAGAUCUCUGGACCACACGGUGGACGCCAUCAGCAGUGAUCUGGAUAACGUGGAAGAACUUCUUGGUCGCCCUAUACAAGAAGAGUUGGCCAUGGAGACCGGGGUAGAUGUAGCACUGGAAGCACUCAUAGAUGUCAGUACAGACGCGAGAGCCAUGUCAGAGAGAGUGGAGGCGUUACUGACAUCAUGCGCCGAAACGGGUGAGCUCAUCGCCGAAAGUCAGGAGCGUCUGGCCGACCUGCGCCUACAGGUGGACGCCUUCCGCCGUCAGUGCCCCUCCAGAUACCGACCUCUGUGCGACACUGUGGAUACAGCGGGACUCGAAGUGGUGCUCCGCCUCGACGCGCUGGUCACAGACGAGAGACUGGCAAAGAUAAGGGACAGCAAUCUGUCCCUAGAGGCACAGCAAGCACGUAAGGAAUUUCGGCUCAUCCCUGUACAAGUCGAGAAAGAGACUAGGAAUGCGCGGAACGGCGUUAAACAACAGCUGGUUCGACGGAAGGAAGUUCUGUAUGACGAGAUCUGGUCUCUGGACGUCGUCGCAAGAGACCUCGCCUAUAAAACAGAAGACGCUCGCAGUAAGGUGCCGCAGAUGAUCAGAAGAUUGUCCACGUUAGACAAGUGGCGCUGGUUUAUAGGUUUCGGCUCCACUAUGUUGGUCAUGGUCAUCUGGCUGGUGCUGAUCUCUGGUAUCAGCUGCGGUUGUUGUGGGUCCGAGGAUCGAGCGAUCCAUAUUUUGAUAGUAUUUGUGGUACUUAUAUGCCUGUUCUCUGUGGCACUGUGGGGGGUUGCGCUGGGAGCCCUACUUGUGGGAGGCCACGGUGAGGUGUUCGUGUGCCGCCCCCUGUACGACGGGCCGGAGUUCAGCGCUCUGACGCGCCUCGUGGACCAACCCGGUGUGCUGUUCGAGAAGCGUGGUGGGUUCUUCUCCAACCUCCUUUACGGCAACAGUACUAUGGACGUUCCAGUUCGUGACGUGCUACAAACAUGCAAGGAGAACGGAUCCACAUAUUCAACAUUCAGACUGAAGGAGAUAUUUGACGUAGACGAAGCAUCCAAUCACCGGAAGUGGGAUUUGGUGCAUGUAGAACUGGAACACCUAAAUGUGAACAUCACCAAUCUGCAGUUCCUCACCCCAGAACUGCAGCAGCACCUACAGGCACUCCUGUUUGGCACCACUGCUAACCUCACGGACCACCGCAACCAACUGUCAGGGCAAGUCACUGGUAAAGAUGUGCCGUCGUUUGCGGACCAGAUGACAAGUGUGGCCAACCACAUCACAGACCAGUCCACAUUGUCCCAGCUGGACACACUCGCAUCCAUAACACGUCAGCUAUUGGUUAGUCACGUGCAGCCUCUAGAACAACACAAGGCGGAUCUGGUGUACCAGUUGACUGCCCUUGAAAUGCAAAUGGCGCCUCUUCAAAGACAAGUGAAUCAGUCAUUAUCGCACCUCAAGACAAUACAGUACUUCAUCAACAAUCAAGGCAGCAGCAUUGCUUAUGAGAAAUCUCAGAGUUAUAACAAGCGUUUGUUGAGCUACAUGGACCAGUACAGAGCACACGUUCUGAAAAGUACACAAAACAAUGUAGCACCCUGUCAACCUGUAUGGAACUUAUACCAAGCCAUGCGACUCCUCUUCUGCAGACACAUGAUGGAUCCCCUGAAUGGGUUUUGGUUUGCGACAGUCUGGUGUUUGCUGCUCUUCUCAGCUGCCACCCCACUCUGCCUCAAGCUCAUUGAACACUACAAGCAAUUCAAACAAAAUAUCAGCCUUCUGAAUUCCCACAGCUCUGAGAGCCCAUCAGAAACUCUAAUGAUUUCUGAACAAGGAACACCAUGGACAACUCCUGGGGAUCCUGAGCCAGAUGGCUGGUAACUCCACUGUAUGUAAUUUGUAUGACAGAAAUGUAUACUGUUAAUUAAA